UUCUUGUUUUCUAGUCCUCUCAUAGCCUUCUCUCUCUGCGUCUUCUUGGCAAUCCUUCCAGAAUUCAACUUCUCGUAUCCAUGAAAGCUCUUUUCUUUUACACCAGUUACCAUCGAGGUUCAUGAGAAAGACCCAUUUACCCAGGUCCGUUUUCGCACGUGGGUUUUGACGUCCAAGUUCUUCCAUGGAGAUGCACUCUAUUCACAUGGCUAACAUCAUGGAAGUAAUUGAAGAUGAAUCUACUAGACAGUUAUCAACCCCAUGUUCCCCUGAUGUGAAUGAUAUUUUUGGAGAGCCACAGGAACUCCCUCGCAUUGGAGUCCGGUAUCAGGCAGAGAUUCCCUCGCUAAUAGCGGAAUGUGAUCAGUUGCAGGUUAUCAAUGAACCAGCUGAUUCAGAAGUUGUGGUCAAUCUACCAGAGUCUUUUUCAUGUGGAUUACCCAUCCCAAUUAUGUGGGCAAAUUGUGAACUUGAAAACAUCAAUAGAACUGUAGAUUUUGAAAACAGAAAAGAAAGCCAGAUUACUUCAAACGGUGAAUAUUCAAAACUUGAUAUGGAAUCUCUGGCUACUAGUUUGUGUGAUGGGAAAUCUGUGAAAAAUAUUCCAGGCCUCCAACCAGUUGGAAGUGAUAGCAUGGAAGUUGAUGACUUGUCCUUAUCAGUUGAGUUAAAAAACAAGUUGGAUCAGGUAGAGAGAGGUUUUUGUCCUCUUCCUGGCUCUCUGGGUGAAUCUUGGACAGAUAUUGAAUGUGAUAGUUUUCUCCUUGGUCUAUAUAUUUUUGGGAAGAAUCUUAUCCUUGUGAAAAGAUUUGUAGAGAGUAAAGAGAUGGGAGAUAUGUUGUCUUUCUACCAUGGAAAGUUUUAUGGGUCUGAUAGAUAUCGUAGGUGGUCAGAAUGCCGAAAGUUAAGAAGUAGACGAUGCAUAUAUGGGCGAAAGAUAUUUACAGGUUGGAGGCAGCAAGAAUUAUUAUCACGGCUGUCAUCUCAUGUCUCAGAGGAAUGUCAAUAUAAGUUGCGUGAGGUUUCUAGGACUUUUGGAGAGGGAAAAUGUUCAUUUGAAGAAUACAUAUUCGCUCUAAAGGAUACUGUUGGUAUCAAUAUGCUUAUAGAAGCAAUAGGUAUUGGCAAAGGGAAGCAAGAUCUCACUGGCCUAGCCAUGGAGCCAAUAAAGACCAAUCAUGUUAUCUCUUUACAUCCUGAGAUACCAAUUGGCAAAGCUUGCUCCAGUUUUACAGCUGCUGACAUAAUCAAGUCUCUAAGAGGAAAUGUCAGGUUGAGUAAAGCCCGAUCCAGUGAUCUCUUCUGGGAAGCUGUUUGGCCUCGUCUUUUAGCAAGAGGAUGGCACUCUGAACAGCCUAAUGAUCAUGGUGUUUCUGGUUCGAAGCAUUCUUUGGUUUUUCUUAUUCCUGGUGUUAAGAAGUUUUCCAGAAGGAAACUAGUGAAAGGUAACCAUUACUUCGAUUCUGUUAGUGAUGUCUUGAAUAAAGUGGCAUCAGAUCCUGGGCUUCUUGAGCUACAAAUUGACGCAGGUGAAGGCAGUGGACACAAGGAAGACAAAUGGGAACCACUCAGAAAACAGAACGUUGAUGGUUUGUCAAAUAAACAACACCAUUGCUACCUCCAGCCGCGUACUUCAAACUGCAAUCGAGAUAUUAUGAAGUUUACAGUUGUAGAUACCAGUGCGGUUCAUGAAACAGAAUUACCUAAAGUGAGAGAGCUGAGAAGUUUACCUUUUCACACUACUAGUUUAUCUACCUCCUCUAGUCUUUCCAGUGAAACUGAACAAGAUACAUCAGAAGAGUCAGAAGAUGAAGCAGAAGAAAUUAAUACCUCGAACCCUGCAGGGGAUAUGACUGAGAUGGAAGCAUCUGUUGACUCAUCAGAUUGUGUUGGUGUGCUCAAUUCCAUGGAUCCCAUUAUUGCUGCAGUAGAAGAUCAUAACAGUCCAAACACAAGUCUGCUUAAGGAAAAUGGCCAGGGAAAGGCUAUGAAGCAUCACUUCAGCAAGAAGAUGAAUUCUAGUCAUUCGAAAGCCAAAUACUUAGCCCCAGUCAUGAAGCAGCAAGCUUUAAAUGCUUUUAACUGUGGAGAGUCGAGCCAUAGCAUUGGAGAUAUCUCUGCAGACAGGAAGCAAAAUGAUGAUGAGUCCCACUGCCAGUCAACUCUUCCUUCUGCAUGUCAUGACAUGGCUUUUCGAGUGUGUCCACGGAAUUUAUCAUCCGACAGUUCUCUGGCUAAAAGCAGUCAAGAAGGGAGUAAUGCAGCAAGUGUCACUGAGAAUUGCCUAGGUGGAGAAGUAUCUCCAGGAAAUCAUCAACCUCAGAUAUUCAUCGACUUGAACCUUCCUCAUGAUUCACAAGAUAUAGGAACUGAAGAACCCUUUAUAAUGGACAUGAUGCCAACUAAUGGUAGCUCAUGUGCAAACAAAUUAUCUUCUCUAUCUGAAACAAGCCAGCAGCCUGAGCCAUCAAAGAUAUCUGAUAGUGGGGCUAGUACAGAGCAGCAGCCUACUACGAACAGCCGGAGGCAGAGUAUGAGGAGCCGGCCAUUGACCACAAAAGUAUGGGAAGCUCUUGAAUCUGGCUUGUUUGACACAAAGAGGAAGAGAAAGCGUGUGGACACUUCACAUAACUCAAUUUCAAGGUCUUCCCAGAAAAUCCGUGGCAAUGCUGCUCUUAGUUCAACUUUGAAUAAUGGUGCUGGUAAUGACAUUGUAGAUAGCACUAUGGAAGUGAAUUUGGAUGAGGUGUGCAGUAGCAAAGUCAAUGUGGCUGGUGAGCCUCCGGUUUGAUGCACAAAGAAAUGGGCUGGCCAUUCUUCAAGGGUUUUCUAAAAGCCACUCAACAAUGUGAAGAUCAUUGUUGUUUCAAAUGCUUCCAUAACCAUAGGACGAUAAAAUCAGUCUUUUUCAGUCAUCCACCUAGUUUCAGCACAUACGGCUUACUGAACAUAAAAAAAUCACAGAGGCUAGCCUGCUCAUACAAAUAUCAGUGAAGAGACUUGGGGUUCUGAAGUAUAGGAGAGGAGGGGAGAUGGUUCCUUCAUUUGUAAUCACUAAUCUUUUCGUGUAGGAGAAAUUGACACAAGUGCAAUUUCCUUUGAAUUGAUUUCCUAAGUCAGGAUUUUACUAAAAAUGCUUUUUAGCAUCCAUCUCCAAUGUUCAUGGUAAAGCAGAAAAUUGAUUUUCAGCUGCUCAGGUAAUGAUCAAGUUUCUGAAAGGUUGCAGCCUGAUCAUGUACACGUGAAUAUCGUUACUUAUCAUUAUGUUGUAAAAAGUACAGCUUCCCUCUUGAAUAGAAAAAAAGUAUAGCUUCCCUCU